GCUACAUUGUUAUAUUACCAAGGAAAUUAGAGCCCGCCGGGAAUUACACUCUAGCAGUUUUCCACGAGAAAAUGAUAGUACUUCAUGUGACUUAUCGUGUAUUGUCCCAUAUUAAAAUAAGGAGUGCGUGUCAGGAAAAAAUGGCUUUGCUGUUGUUGUUCGAUUUCAUAAAUUUUCGCUUUCACGCGCAAGGAACAAUAGUCGAAGGUGUUGGUGAUGAGGUGCUAAUUGGUCUAGCGUCCACUUUGGGACUCAUAGCAUUAGUCAGUGUUCUAUACAACACUCAGGGAGGCCAAAGAAACAUUCACCCUUUGCAAGAAGAACACGUCCGUCUUGUGCGUGACAGACUUGGUGUUGUACAAGAAGGAAGUGAUACAGCCGCGAAUGAAAGCCCUACACUGCCUGAUCCACCACCUGUUACAUAUUCUACUGAUAGACGAUGCCCCGUUUGUCUUGCGGACACGAAAUUCUGCACGACAACCAACUGUGGACAUGUAUUCUGUGCUCCAUGUAUAAUAACAUAUUGGAGGUAUGGCAGAUGGCUUGGUGCUGUUAACUGUCCUGUAUGUAGACAACAGGUCACAAUCCUAUUUUCCAAUUUUUCUGAGGAGGAUAGGGCAUUACCAGAUGCUAUUCAAUAUAGACGUGAAAUAAAUGAAUACAAUAAAAGAUAUUCAGGAGUACCAAGACCAGUCAUGGAUUAUAUUUAUGACCUACCAACUCUUCUGCAACAACUCUUUAGCGAGCUGUUCUCUGUCGGAGGACUGGUGUGGGUUCUAAGACUCAGAAUCAUCUUGUGUUUCUUUGCGGCAGCCUUGUACUUCAUUUCUCCUUUGGACAUUAUCCCAGAGUCUGUGUUUGGAUUUCUGGGCUUGUUGGAUGAUGUACUUAUUAUCUUGCUAUUGCUGGUGUACAUAACAGAAAUGUACAGGAGAGUGAUUGCCAACAGAGCUGAUGAGACCAUGUGAAGGACAAAGAUUUAAGUGUAUAUGAAAAACUUCCAUGUACAGAUAAUAACUAUAACUAGAUUAUUAAGUUGUUUUUAAAAUGAUUUGUGUACAUAUGAUAAAAAAGCGAUGUUUCGUUGUUUUAUUGCCAUUUACAGUAAAACUUACCUUGCAAAUAAUUUAUUGUGUUCAUUGUGUUCACUGACUUACCACUGCAACUGCUGUUGCUGCUUCUUUCACAGCAAUCACUACAACAGAAGCUCCUGACAAAGCCUCUGUUGCGGCUAUGGCUGCUGCUGUUACCCCUACUGUUUCCUAUGCUGCUGUCUGUGCUGCUGCGGCUGCAGUGGCUGGUUGCAUUGUUUGCUGGGUUCGGAUGUUCUGUCUAUAAUGAAAUACCAAGUUGACAAUGAAUUAAACAACAAUAAAUUAGCGAGCAAGUGACUGAUUGACUGACUGAGUU